CGUCGCACGAUGGGUGGCCGGGCAGCCCGGCCGGUGCAUGGCGUUGCGCUCCCGCUGCUGGUGACCUGCCUCGUCACAGGUGUGGCCAGCAUCCGCCUGUUGCACGCCGAGAUCCCGCGCUUCGUGGCGUCCGGCCAGCACGUGCCGCUCUCGUGCCACGUGCUGCUGGCCUGGGGUGAGCGCAUCUACGCGGUCAACUGGUACAAGGACGGCCGCGAGUUCUACCGGCACUACCCGGCCGAGGUGCCGGCCGGGCAGGUGUUCCACCAGCCCCACCUCAGCGUCGAUGCGGCGGCGAGUAACGUCAGCACGGUGCUAUUACGCCACAUGACGGCAGCCGCCUCGGGGACCUACCGCUGCGAGAUCUCCACCGAGGCGCCGCUCUUCAACACCGUCUCACGCCACGGCCGACUGCGAGUGGUCGACCUGCCGACCAGCGGCCCGGCGAUCAGCGGCGGACGGGACAGCUACCGCAUCGGCGACCUGGUGCGGCUCAACUGCACCUCUCCGCCCACCGUGCCGCCGCCUACCCUGCACUGGUACAUCGACGGAGAGCGGGCGCACCCUGACCUGGUAACCCGGUACCCGCCGGUGAGGGCGCCUGACGGCACCGUCACCGUCACCAAGCAGCUGCGACUCACGCUGCUGUACAAGCACCUGGUGGCCACCGGCCGGCUGAACAUUAAGUGUACGGCGUCCCUGGAGAACAUCUACUGGAGGAGCCACGAGCGCCACGUACACGAGCACGUGGAGGCGAGGCCGGCGCGUGUCACCGGCAGAAGUGUCUCCAACGGAACGAGGCCACUGAAUGCACAACAGAGGUGGCGGCUCCUGGUAGCGACAGCUACGCUACUGCUUCACAGUGUCGCCUGGAGGUGACAGCAUCGUCGACCGCCAACUCGAAAACAUCCCGCCGUCAAUAUCGAAUUACUAGUGAAGGCGACGGUGAAGGACAACCCACCGGCUUGAGCAUAUGUAGCGGCGCAUGCGCGAUGGCGAUGAUAAAAAACAAACUAAAUGGGCAGUGGCACAUCAUCGCCGAAAGUUGGGUGGUGCUUCAGCGCUGGAUGAACAACUGACCGUGCGAUUUGGGUUGACGCUCCUCCCGUGAAU